GAAAAUCAUCAACAACACAAAUAAACAACAAACUUAAUUUUGCGUGAUUCAGUGAAGCAAAUGCUGAACAUUUCAAUCUGUUUCUUGUAAUUUUAGCACAAAAGCAUCUCAACAAUGGCAUCCGCAUCGAGCAGCAGUGCAAAAAAUUUGUUCAGUGAUUCGAAGCGACGACUAGCAGAUCGUGUUGCCGUGAACGUGAACAACGCUUCGUCAGUGGCUCGUCAAAUAGUGCGUGGAUCCAAAUCGAAUGAAAUACUCAUGCAAGCCGCCAAAAACUUUGCCUACCACGAAAGCACGGUCGACAACAGCAUACAGAAUCUCAAGAAAAUGGAAAUUAUUUUCCAACAUCUCAACUACCAGUACGAAGCUAUCGAACAGGCGGCAGAAAAGUUGGAAUACGUUGAGGAACAAGUGAAAGCAAUGGAAAGGUGA